GCCUCACCACAGCCCACACACCGUGCAGACCUCCACGGCGUCCUCGUCUCCACCCAUUUCCGUUGCAGAGUAGCUCGACAGUUUCUCUCAGCCUCGAGCGGAGCGGGGAGAGGAUCGGAUCGGAUCGGAUCGGAGAGCCUACGACGCGGCAGGAGCUGGCUAUCCCUCGAGGUCAGGGAGCGGCGGCGUCGCCGCGCCCGCACGAGACGGCGGAGCUGGACGCGGCGGCGGCGUUCGCCGGGGGGGAGUCGGCGGAGCAGCGCAACCGCUUCCUGGUGCUGCGUCUGUACGAGGCGCUCAACGCCCGCGACGCGCGCCGGGCGCAGGAGCUGCUGGCGCCCGACCUCGAGUGGUGGUUCCAUGGGCCCCCCACGCGCCAGCACAUGAUGCGCCUCCUCACCGGCGCGGACCAGCGCGACAAACAGAACCGCGGCGGCGGCGGCGGGUUCGUCUUCUCCCCGCGCUCCGUCGACGCCUUCGGGUCCACCGUCAUCGCCGAGGGCGCCGACGACGCGCGCCAGCUCUACUGGGUGCACGCCUGGACCGUGGGGCCCGACGGCGUGAUCACCCAGCUCAGGGAGUACUUCAACACCGACCUCACCGUCACCCUCCUCUCCGGCUCCGGCGCCGUCUCCUCCACCAAGAAAGCUGACAUUGCAGGCGCUCUGCCUAAGCUACAGGACGCUGCGUCUUCUUCUUCUUCCUCCUCCCCCUCGGCAGCUGCAGGGCCCAAGUGCCUGUGGCAGAGCCGCCGCGCCGACAGCGCACACAAGUCGCUGCCGGGCCUCGUCCUCGCCAUCUGAAGAGACUUGAGACCGCAAGAUCCAUCUGCUACCCUCCAGUAUAACCGUAUAAUAAAAAUCCUAAAGUUCCAAACUAUUAUCGCAGAAAUAAUCUGGAACGGCACUAGUCGUAGUAUGUACUGUACUGUACUGUACUCAGAGCCAGUCAGUGAAAACGUAAUGACGUUUCCGUAUGCGUAUGGACUGAACUGAACUGGUCCGUGCUGUGAGGUUCCGGAUUCUUGUACCUAGUUAGCUUGUGUCCUGUUGUGUCGUCUGUGUGUGUGGAAAUUGUAGUUUGUUAAGUCAUGGCUUAUGGUGCGCGCUGCCAUUGCCGCUACUGUAAUGGUCUGCUGUUAUGGUGUGAUGAUGGAUGUGAUGCUGGUAUAUUGUUGUGGCUGAAUAAAAGUGGCAUGAGUUGGAGGGUUAAGAAAUUAA